AGCUUAUAAGAACUGGUUCAUUUUCCAGAUAAUUCCACUAUUAAGACAACAGACAUGUGGGAGGCUUUCUCCUGAGAGUCACACUGAAAGUCUUGCUGCUCCUCCACAAAAUGACACAGCUCAGCUAAACACAACUCAAACUAAUCUACACUAUUUUUCUUUAUUACGCAGCAUUUUUUAUAACUAUUUCCAGAUGUUUCUAAAGAUGAAAACAGAAUUAAACUCCAGCCUGAUCCGUUUCUGAGGUUCCUGACUCUGAACGUCCCUCAAACGCCUCUCUGAUCGUUUCCUUCCGUCGCUUUUACUUUCGCUUUCGUGAAUGUUGUGGCGCAGUUGAUCGUCUCCAUGUUAAGCAGCAUGGAUCAGUGUGAGGACAGAGAGGAGGGAGUCCCUCCCUCUAAAAGCACUCUGUGUGGGGAACAUGAGAGCCAGACCAAAGCUCAGAGCCCAGAGCUGUGGGGCGUACCAGGCUCAGCUGGACAUAACCCUAAAACUAAUCCAGAACCUGGACCUGAACCCAGCUGUGUUUCCUUAAAGAGCAACAAGUCGAAGGAUGUUGUUGUGGACUUUAAAGGCUGUUCUUCUGCUGCUGAGAGAGUGGAGCAGGAGAGAGCAGAGGUUUCCACUGGUCAGUCUGCACAGCAACAUCAAACACACCUGGACUCUGUGGUUACGCUGCUGGAGGAUAACAUCACCAUGUUUGUGAAGAACGAGCUGAAGAAGAUCCAGAAGCUUCUGAGUCCAGAUCACCCAGAAACUUUAAAGAGCCAGAUGGAGGAUGAGGAGAUGUUUGAAGGUGAGGAUGAAGAUGAAAGAAAAAGCUGCAGAGAAGCAUUUCUGAAGAUCACACUCCACUUCUUGAGGAGACUUAAGCAGCAUGAGAUGCUUGACCAUCUGCAGAGCAAAAUAUUUGCUCCACUCUGUAAACGUGAACUUAAAGCCCAACUGAAGAAGAAGUUCCAGUGUGUGUUUGAGGGCAUCGCUAAAGCAGGAAGCCCAACCCUUCUGAAUCAGAUCUACACAGAGCUCUACAUCACAGAGGGAGGGACUGCAGAGGUCAAUGAUGAACAUGAGGUCAGACAGAUUGAAAUAGCAUCCAGGAAACCAGACAGACCAGAAACAACCAUCAGACAAGAAGACAUCUUUAAAGCCUCACCUGGAAGAGACGAACCAAUCAGAACAGUGCUGACAAAGGGAGUGGCUGGCAUUGGGAAAACAGUCUUAACACAGAAAUACAGCCUGGACUGGGCUGAAGACAAAGCCAACCAGGACAUCCAGUUCAUAUUUCCAUUCACUUUCAGAGAGCUGAAUGUGCUGAAAGAGGAAAAGUUCAGCUUGGUGGGACUUGUUCAUCACUUCUUUACUGAAACCAAAGAAGCAGGAAUCUGCAGCUUUGAAGACUUCCAGGUUGUGUUCAUACUUGAUGGUCUGGAUGAGUGUCGACUUCCUCUGGACUUCCACAAAACUACAAUCCUAACUGACCCUAGAAAGUCCACCUCAGUGGAUGAGCUGCUGACAAACCUCAUCAGAGGGAACCUGCUCCCUUCCGCUCGCCUCUGGAUAACAACACGACCUGCAGCAGCCAAUCAGAUCCCUCCUCAGUGUGUCGACAUGGUGACAGAGGUCAGAGGGUUCACUGACCCACAGAAGGAGGAGUACUUCAGGAAGAGAUUCAGAGAUGAGGAGCAGGCCAGCAGGAUCAUCUCCCACAUCAAGAAAGCUCGAAGCCUCCACAUCAUGUGCCACAUCCCAGUCUUCUGCUGGAUCACUGCUACAGUUCUGGAGGAUGUGCUGGAAACCAGAGAGGGAGGACAGCUGCCCAAGAACCUGACUGAGAUGUACAUCCACUUCCUGGUGGUUCAGGCCAAAGUGAAGAUGGUCAAGUAUGAUGGAGGAGCUGAGACAGAUCCACACUGGAGUCCAGAGAGCAGGAAGAUGAUUAAAUCUCUGGGAAAAUUGGCUUUUGAUCAGCUGCAGAAAGGAAACCUGAUCUUCUAUGAACCAGACCUGACAGAGUGUGGCAUCGAUAUCAGAGCAGCCUCAGUGUGCUCAGGAGUGUUCACACAGGACUUUAAAGAGGAGAGAGGACUGUACCAGGACAAGGUGUUCUGCUUCAUUCAUCUGAGUGUUCAGGAGUUUCUGGCUGCUCUUCGUGUCCAUUUGACCUUCAUCAACUCUGGAAUCAAUCUGCUGGAAGAGCAACAAACAGGCUCUCAGACAGAAAAAUAUUUUUACCAGAGUGCUGUGAACAAGGCCUUACAGAGCCCCAAUGGACACCUGGACUUGUUCCUUCGUUUUCUCUUGGGACUGAAGACUAAUCAAACUCGUUUGCAAGGCCUGAUGACACAGACAGGAAGUAGCUCACAGACCAAUCAAGAAGCAGUUCAGUGCAUCAAGGAGAAGCUCAGUGAGAAUCUGUCUGCAGAGAAAAGCAUCAAUCUGUUCCACUGUCUGAAUGAACUGAAUGAUCGUUCUCUACUGGAGGAGAUCCAACAGUCCCUGAGAUCAGGAAGUCUCUGCACAGAUAAACUGUCUCCUGCUCAGUGGUCAGCUCUGGUCUUCAUCUUACUGUCAUCAGAAAAAGAUCUGGAUGUGUUUGACCUGAAGAAAUACUCUGCUUCAGAGGAGGCUCUUCUGAGGCUGCUGCCAGUGGUCAAAGCCUCUAAAAAAGCUCUGCUGAAUAGCUGUAACCUGUCAGAGAGAGCAUGUGAAGCCCUGUCCUCCUCUCUUCAACUAGAAGACUGUGAGCUCAGAGCUCUAGACCUGAGUAACAACAACCUGCAGGGCUCAGGUUUGACAAUACUGUCUUCUGGACUGAAGACUGCAAACUGGAAACUGGAAACACUCAGAUUGAGUGUCUGUAAUCUCUCAGAGAGCAGCUGUGAAGCUCUGACUUCACUUUUCAGCUCCCAGCCCUCUAGUUUGAGAGAGCUUGACCUGAGUAACAAUGACCUAAAGGACUCUGGAGUGGAAGUUUUAUCUUCUGGACUGAAAAGUCCAUAUUGUGAACUGGAAACACUCAGGCUGUCAGGCUGCCUGAUCACAGAGGAAGGUUGCAAGUCUCUGGUCUCAGCUUUUAGCUCCAGUUCUUCCCAUCUGAAAGAGCUGGACCUGAGCUACAAUAACCCAGGAGAGGCAGGAGUGAAGAUGCUUGAGCAGCUAAGACUGGACACUCUGAGGGCGGAGCCUGCUGGAGUCCGAUGGUUGAGACCAGGUCUGAGGAAGUAUUCCUGUCAACUCACAAUCGACACAAACACAGUGAACAAUUGCCUCCAACUGUCUGACAACAACAAGAAGGUGACACAUGUGUUAGUGUCUCAGUCAUAUCCUGAUCAUCCAGACAGAUUUGAUGUUUGGCAUCAGCUGCUGUGCACAGAUCCUCUGACUGGUCGCUGUUACUGGGAGGUCGAGUGUAGAGAGGAGGUUCUAUUAUCAGUGAGUUACAGAGGAAUUGGAAGAAAAGGAAGGAGUUAUGAGUGUAUUUUUGGAUUAAAUAAUCAGUCCUGGAGUCUGAGCUGCUCUGCUGGUCCUCCCUCUGUGUGGCACAAUAAGAGACACACAUCCGUCUCCUCCUCCUCCUCCUCCUCCUCCUCCUCCUCCUCCUCUGUCUCUAACAGAGUAGCAGUGUAUGUGGACUGUCCUGCUGGCACCCUGUCCUUCUACAGAGUCUCCUCUGACACUCUGAUCCACCUCCACACCUUCAACACCACAUUCACUGAACCUCUUUAUCCUGGAUUUGGGUUAUUGAAUCCAAGUACAGCAAGUUCAUUUCGUCCCAUGCCUUUUUCUGUUACUAAACUAUGGUAUGGCGUUGACUCGGUCACUCUGUGUAGUUAGAGUCUUCCCCUGUUAGUGAAACAGUCUGACUGUUGAACAGAUAGUUCAGUCUGUACAUGUCUGUCUUAUCAAAUUCGGUUCUUUUAAAUUCUUUACCGACAGAGAAAAACCUGACUCAGUGUGGUCAAAAUAAUAAUUAUUUUAUUCAAGCAUUACUUUCCGGAAAGGGAUGUGCACAGGCUAAAUCCUGAGCAGAUCUGAAGCAUUAGAAGCCAAAAUGAGCAUAACAUAGUUAGUCAUACGUCACACAUAGUCACACAUAGUCACACAUAGUUUCGAUAUAAACAACUCUGCCUAGUUUCACUUCCUGUCCAAAUCCUGUUCUCUGCAGCUCUGCACAAAACUUCCUGUUCUAAGCCUCCUCUAAAAUAAGACUCCGUUGUCAAGGCAACCUGUCACCCUCUGACCUAUUUUAUACUCAAAGUUGGCCCUCUCUUAAGCUGGAAGCAAACUAUAAUAAAAACAAGUAACAAUAAGAACUAAAUAAGCACUAAGAAUAUAUGUUUAUUCCGUAACAGCCUCCCCCUUUUUGUCUUUCCUAAGAAAGACGACAUAAUACCUAAGUUAUCCCCUUAACUUUACUUGCAUGUGAGAAUAAUAGCUAAAGUAUAACAAAAGAAACCAUACGAAAUAAAACGAAACCUUUCAAUUGCCCAACCAUAUAUGUCAUCCGUCCCCUCAACGGGUUGUGUAUUUUCAAUGUUCCCUUAUUAUUGUGGCAUCAGCAACCCAAAAGGGUUCAGUCUGCAGCUCCACACUCUCACGUGAACCUGCAGUCUCCCCUCCGGUCUCUCUUCUCCUCCUGUUCCUGCCAAAAGCAAAACAAAGAUAAAACAAAGCAAAGCAUCCACCCUUUCCUUGCCGGCGUCGUGAACUGUUUGUCAACAUCUACUCAUCCUAACGUUGGUCCAGUCUUUGUCUCAGUGUCAAGUCAGUCAACGCUUUAGUCCACAUCGUCAGUACAGUCACACAUUCACUCAAACGCAUUCACACUAGAUAUUGCUGAUAAUAGAGUCCUGCGUGCAACCUAUUCCAGUCUCCAUCACCAGCAAGAUGAUGUCAUCAUUAUUAAAAGAAAAAACAAUUGUUUAUGAUCUUGGACUGGAUUGACUCGCUGCAAUCCUUUUAGACAGGAACUCACAGGUUCCCACAGGUGACCUUUUCCUCAGCCCAUUGUAAUCUGGAAAAGCUCACCUUAUAUUUGCUCUCACAAAAAUGUUUUACAGCGCGCUGUUAAUUCAAUCUUGCAGGCCUGCUUAGAACAACAAAGGAGAGAAAGAGAGCUGAUUAUUAGCUCAUCAGAGCACAAAACAUCAUCACCAAAGGGGGAGACACCUGACAGUUUUCUCUAAGUGCACUGUUACAAAAAGAAGGAGCCCCUCCUCCACAUGUCCAUGUUUAGUAAAACUCCCUCUAUUGAAAUAAGAAAACAAGCCAAACCUAACUGACAGAAUGAACCCAUCACUAAAACAACAACCCCAAAAAUCUUCAUCACAGAAAAGUUUUGCUUACUAAUCUAACAAUAUGUUGUGGGAAUUAGAACUUUCGGGCCAUAAAGCUUUUGCCCGACUCUUGGCUUAACUAAUACUUACAUGUUCUGAAAUCAGACUUAAAAUCACUCCCUCUGUUCAUUUUGCCCACAUCAUAUUUCAGUGCUUGGCCUCAGGUUCUUCAGCUUCCUGACAGUCUGAAGUCAGCUGACAUAGUUUCACCUGCUAAAUACACAGAAAAUCUUGUUAAAAGCCGCACAGUUUGCCCAACAGUAAUAUUCCCAUUAAGCCCUUUCUAAACACUUUAUAACAAUGUGUCAUCACUAAAUUAUAAACUUCUUCUCCAAAUCUGCACGACUGCACUUAGUCACAGACUUUAUUUAAUUGUCCUGCGGCUGCUAUCAUAUAUUUGACCAAACAAUUCUUCUCACACAGUCACAGAAAUAUUUCUCUCAGUGCAAACUUCACUCAUGUCUCAGACAGUAAACUUGUGUUUUUCUUUUUUUUCUGUCCCCACUCAUUCAAGUAAUUUGCAUAUUGAGUCAUAUCUCGAGAAGUUGCCCUGACAACAGAAAUGCAUAUUCAAAACAUUACCACAUAAUUCAAUUAUUAUUCUUUUAUUUUUAUUUCUACAGUCGUCACUUCUUUUGCUCAAUCAGCUGGAAUCCACUUCUAAUUCACUAUUUUAAAACUGCUUUAAGCUUCUAAUCACUGGUUGGUCCUCCCAGUCUCUUUGUCUUUGUCACAAAAGUCACUCUAUUGUCCUGCAACUUCCUGAGUUAUUCCUCAGCUUCAGCCUUUAAGUGUGUUAAAUCUAACCAUUUAGCAUUUAUGUCAUGUGUUCACAUUCAUGAGUGUAAGCAUGUCUUCAUUGCGUGUAUGUUGUGUAUUCAUAUUAAUAUUGAGUGUAAGCUGGUCUUCGUUGCCUCGAUGUGUUUUUAU